GCGGGAGCGGAGCGCAGGGGGCCGCACGGGGCCGCGGCGCUGCCCGCCCCGGAUGAGGCGCCGCUCCCCCCCCGCCCCGCCCGGUGCCCGCCGCCCUCAAAAGCGCAGGGCCCGCACGGAGCCCCCGCGGCCCCGAUGAUGGACAGGAACUACCCCGCGACCCCCGGCUUCGCCGAGCCCCUGGCCCCGGGCACCGCGCCGCCCGCCGCCUCCUGGGCCUACGAGCGCGGCGCCGGCAGCCUCAAGCCCAGUUUAAGCUAUGGAGGAGGACAUUCAUCACAUUCAGAAACAGACCUUCACAGACAGACAUACACAGCUUCUCAUCAGCUUCCUGGAUACUCAACUACACAACAUGCUGCUGGUCUUUCAGGAAUAUUUGAUACCAGUAUGCACAGUGCUGGAGGUAACACUAAGGAAACUUCUUCAGUUAUGAAUUUUCUCUCUGCUAUUGAGUCUCGUACUGCUCAAGCAGUCUCUUCAGGAUCUACCCUUUUACCACAAUUCAGGGCUCCUUCCUGGCAGACAGGUAUGCAUUCCUCGACAGCCACAGAACUAUUUGUUACUGGAGCUUUGCCAACCUCUGGAACAUUUCCACCAACCUCUGCUUUGUCAGCGUAUCAGCAUCCCAACACCUUCAGCAGCAGAAACUUUGCUACUACCCCUUCUCUUACUCUUCAAGAUGCCACUUUCAGCGCUACGUCCAACGGUCUCCUAACUGCCCAUGAUCCUUUAUUGCAGAUUAAAACAUCCCAAGGCACUGUUCCCACCGCUUUGACAUUCGAGCGCCUGGGCAGCUCCGUUCUGAGUACCAGUGUACCCCCCCAGUCAUCAACAUAUCGUUCUGCUCAAGAAUCUGCACCCCACCUUUUGCAGCCUCAGUUCAGUUUGUUGCCUUCGACCCUUGGAGGAGCCCAGCAGGUGUCUCAGGCCUACAGCACAUCUGUCUUCACUGGUUCCACUGCUUCCAUGGACAGAGCACUUCAGCGAGAAUGUAGUGUUAUUAAACACCACCAGCGGCCUUCGAGUACUCAGUCUGUCCAGCCUCAGCUGACUGUUUCACAGCAUUCCUUACACAGCUAUUUAACAAGUACAAGUGGAGUUAACUUUCAGGAUACAUCUAGGCACUCAGCGUUAUCCUGCAGUCCGGUUGGAGAUGUUACUCAGGUGAGCAAUGGAGGACCACAGCAGAAGACUUCUCAAGUCACAGUGGAACUUGCUCAAUCGUACACAUCUGCAAUUCCAUCGCCUGGUUUUCCCUCUGCUUCCACUGCAAAAGUGAAAAACUGUUCCAUGAAGCAGCCUCCGAGGUCAACAAAGACCCCCAAACCUCAGAGUGUAGCUCCCACUGUGCAGACACAAAGCUAUGCCAAAACUGCACAAAAUCAGAGUUCUGUUAUUACGGGACAAGCACAGAUCUAUUCUACAGCACAGCUCCCCAGCCUCUUGUCGGUCAGUCAGUCCCAAAAUUACAUUUCAUGCCAGGCUCAGAAUGUGCCACCUGUCAGCCACUCACAGGACUUCUCAUCCAGUAAGGUUGAGAAGCUGCCCUCACUGUAUAAGACAUUGACUUUUUCUGGGCAAUCGCAAGCUAUUACUUCUGACAGUCAGACUCUAAGUUACUCCUCAGAGGAACAGGUAUUGACCUCAGUUCCAAAUGAGAACUACUCUGGGCAAAUGAGGGAACUUUCUUCAGUCAGCCAAGCUCAGAACUACUCUUCUAGUCACUCUCAGGGUUUAUCUCCAGUUACCCAGUCCCAAGUUAAUUUUUCAUCUCAAUCACAAGUUUUAGCAGCUGUUAGUCCUUCAGAAAGCUAUUCUUCAGGGCAGUCUUUAACGUUAACAUCACCUUCUCUUUCCUUUAAUGCCUCUCCUCGGGUACAAACUCUUCCAGCCUCGAGCCCUAAUCAAAGCUAUAUUUCUUUACAUUCUUCUCAGAACUCUCAGUCACAAGAAUCCUCCUCUCCGCAGUCUCAAAAGUUUUUGCCAUCUGUCCAGUCUCCUUUUGCAUCCCCAGCUCACUCCCAGACGCUGCAGAACAACAGACCUUCCUCAGAAACAAAGUCCUAUGUUAAAAGGAAGUCUGACUCUAACUUGUACGCCUCAUCAAAACAGGAGGAGGAAUUAUCAAUGCAGGACAUGCAGGCAUUGCAACAGCAAGCUACUCUUGAAUCUUCCACUCAAAGCCUAACAGAGGAGGAGAUCAAUGCUCAGGAUGCAUCCUACAGGGUCUCAAAAGCAAAUGACAGAUACUCUCAAAGCGUAAUCAGAAGCAACUCUCGUCUUGAAGAUCAAGUUGUUGGACUCGCUCUUCAAGGACCAAAAAAAGAUGAAAGAAUGGUCAGUUCUGUGGAACAGCUUUCCCAACACAUUGGCCAUAUCAGCAGCCUAAGCCAUGAUAUCAAAAAGACAGCGAAUUUAAUGCAAACAGCGCAGGGAACUGUGAGUGCUAAGGAACUAAACCAGCAGCAUUCCCUUUUGCAUAAGGUACAUGACAGUAAAGCUCAAGAGCAGCAGGGCCAGGUCAUCAGCACGCCGCCGCAGGUGCAGCCUCAUGCUUUAAGACAUGGUCAUCAGCUGUGCUUGCCCAGUGCACAGGUACUGCUGGAAUCAACCUGUGACUUGCAGAUUCUUCACCAGUCAAUCCUGCAGUCGGGUUUAGGACAAGCAAAGGCAUCACCACAAGUGCAAAGGAUACAGAGUCCUCAGCAGGUGGCACAUCCAUUCCUUCAGAUGGAUGGUCACAUUGUUCAAAGUAAUGGGGGUCAUUCUCAGCAGCAGCUUCAUAGUCAGAAUGCAGAAGUAAUGAAAAUGGACAUUUCUGAGUCUUCAAAACCACUACAGCAACAUUUGACCACAAAAGAUCAUUUUACUCAGACAAAUCAACAUGAUGCAAAAAAUCAAUUUGUUUCUCUUAGUUCAAUAUGCUUCCCAGAAUCUAUGCUUCUCAACGAUGAUAGGAAUAUAUUAUCCAACGUGGAUGACAUCUUAGCAGCAACAGUAGCAGCCUGUGGAGUAGCACCAUCUGACUUUGCCAAAUCAGCCUCUAAUGAAGAGGAAAUCCAAACUGUGGAAAACAGUGAGGAGUCUAAAACGCAGUUCCGAACGUUGGAUGCCAGACACGUGUCUUCUGUUUUCAGUGCCUCACCUACUGUAGUUGGAAAGCCAGCAAGCAGAAAUAAUAUUUCUCUGAAUGGAGGCCAAAUUACCCUAAAUCUUACCCCAGUGUCAACAAUACAGACAAAAGCUGUGAGCCUGGAUCAGCAGCACCUUGAAACUUCUGAUCAGAGUGUACCAAUAAGAAUGACCUCUCCCACCCUUGGUCCUGGUCAGGAGGAGCAGGAGGCUGUUCGAGUGCAGAAACAAUCUAGCAUCAGUCACGAGUCUGAAGAAGAUAAUGAUGCUUCUGUUGAUGGUGCACUGAAUGCAAGGGAGACAGAGUUUGUUUCAAGUGGUAGGAGCCUAAGUGAGGAGAGUGCUGCUUCAGAGAAUGAUUUUAAUGUGGGUGGUGAGGAUGGCACAGUAGCAGGUAACCAGUCAAAGGUUCCAUUGCAGCCGCUGUCUGUGCCCCAGAGUGCAGAUGGAGCCAUUAACAGAACUGAAGAAGAAUGCCAGGAUUUAACUCAAGGGAGCCUUCAGAAGAAAAAAAGCAAAGGAAAAGGCCAAAACAAAAAUGCUGCAGAAGAUGACAGUGCAACUCAGAAACAGGUAAAAAGAAGUGGACAGUGUAAACGUCAAAAUUCAAGAGGAAAUGAUGCAUGUUUCACAUACUCUUCUCCUGUUUCUGAAGGUUGUUAUGAUACUUACCAACAUCAGGAAAGAAUGAGGCAAAAAAUUAAAGAAGUUGAAGAAAAACAGCCUGAAGUCAGAACAGGAUUUAUUGCAUCUUUUUUAGACUUUCUAAAGUCUGGGCCUAGGCAACAGUUUUCCACUCCAGCUGUACGAAUGCCAAACAGGACUAGGAGACCAGUCACACAAAUAGUUCGUGCCCCUUGCCUGCAGCCCUCUGCAAAGCCUCAGCCAGCAGCAGCACCACCUGUGGCUGCUGAGGUCAGUGGAGAAAGUCCAACCAAAAAAGCUGAUGAGGAACUUAAGAAAAAUUUAGAAACCCUGCCUUCAUUUUCUUCUGAUGAAGAUGAUUCUGUGGGUGGUAACCAUGAUCUUCAGAAGAGCAUCUCUACUGCAUUGUCAGCCCUGGAUGAAACAUCUGACAAAAAGAUCAGAUCAGAAACUGAAAAAGUGACAGCUGUUACUGCUGCUGCCACCACCACCAGUGCUGUGGUAAAGCAGGAAUCUCCACAGACAACUGCUCCUGUAGGCAAUGUGCAGGAGAAAAUGAAUCCAGCUGAACCCUUAAAAGUAGCUCAACAGGAUGCUGUGACUUCAGAACAAUUGGCAAAAAUGCAGGAGACUGUUGCAAUAGAAGGAUGUACUGAUGAGGAGAAUAUGGACAGUGAAGGAGAGGGGAUGUACAGAGAACGUGAUGAAUUUGUAGUGAAGAUUGAAGAUAUAGAGACACUAAAGGUUGCUUUGCAGACAGGAAAAGAGCCUCCAGCUAUCUGGAAAGUACAGAAGGCUUUAUUGCAGAAGUUUGUUCCUGAAGUGCGUGACGGACACAGAGAGUUUGCUGCUACUAACAGUUAUCUUGGGUACUUUGGGGAUGCAAAGACAAAAUACAAACGAGUGUAUGUGAAGUUUGUUGAAAAUGCAAACAAGAAGGAAUAUGUCAGAGUAUGCUCAAAAAAACCACGAAUCAAGCCUGUGCAGUCAGCAAGGACUAUUCACUGCAAACCUAGUAAUAGCAACAUCAAACCCCCUGAACCACCAACACCAAAACCAGCAGCAACAAAAGUCUCUUCUGUAAAACCCAAAGCUAAACAGCCAAAGGUAAAGGCUGAACCACCACCAAAGAAAAGGAAAAAGUGGAAAGAAGAAUUUUCAUCUUCCCAGUCUGAUUCUUCACCUGAGGCCCAGAGUGAAGAAGAUGAGGUUGUACCUCCAGCUCCACUUGUUACUCGUUUUUUGAAUACAAGAGCUAUGAAAGAGACUUUCAAGAGCUACAUGGAGUUGCUUGUGAGCAUUGCCUUGGAUCCAGACACAAUGCAAGCCUUGGAAAAGAGCAAUGAUGAGCUGCUUUUGCCUCACAUGAGAAAGAUUGAUGGUAUGCUGAAUGACAAUAGGAAAAGGCUGCUGUCCAAAUUGCGCUUGGAUCACGCUUUCAAGAACGCUUUGGAAAACUUUCCUGAACUGACAGUGGUCACUCGGGAUGCCAAGACAAAGUGUGGAGGGACAUCUGUGUCUAAGAUCAAAAUGAAUGGUAAAGCUUACAACAAGAAAACACUGAGGGCUUCUAAAUCAACCACUAAAUCAGCACAGGAGUUUACAGUAGAUCCAGAAAAAAUACAGUUGUAUUCUUUGUAUCACUCACUCCAUCAUUACAAAUAUCACAUAUAUCUAACAUGUAAAGAAGAGAUUUCUUCUGUUCAGAAGACAAGUGCAGAUCUAGGCCAGGAAGAGAUCGUGCAGCUGUGCAUGAAAAACAUAAAAUGGGUGGAGGAUCUUUUUGAAAAGUUUGGUGAACUCUUGAAUCGUGUCCAGCAGAAAUGCUCCUAACAGAAAUGUGUCCCAAAUCCCUCAUUUUUCUACGGCACUAACCUGAUGGAACAGAAGGCUCAGAGAGAGGCUCUGAUUUCUUUUACAAUGCCAGACUGCAUUCUUGUUCAUAGCCAUUUUUAUUUCUCUUUAUGGAACUCUGUGCCUUGGCUCGUGCUAAGGAAAAGUGAUGCUGCCAAGGAAAUCAGUCCUUUGGAGAUGGAACUAAACAUAAACCUAACCACAUUUUUAACCUGAAGAGUUAUUUUUGAUUUUAUAAACUAUUGGAUAACUUAGUUUUAUUUUCAGAAAUGUUUUUGACAAGUGAUGAAGCAUGCACUACAUAUACUUUUUUCUUUUUUAUUGCUCAACAGAUAACACUUAAAAUACUACAGAUUUUUCCAUCCCUGACUGAGAGAAAAGUCAGUGUUGGGGCGAACUAAUUUUUACAUGUCUGGCCACCAAAUUUAGAGUUUUGUACAUUUUGUGAACAGAGCUGGAGUGACAUCAGUUUCUGCAUACGUAUAUUGCCAUCAUAAAAUCCAGAAAUUUCAUUAUGCUUUAUGGACUCCUUUUACUAUUGUCAUGUUUGGGAGACCAAACAUGGAGUUGGUGCAAUCCUAUGACUGCUUUUGUGUCAAAUUAUAUUGUAAUGAAAGACAAUGACCUUAACUAUUUUCCCUGUUUUGAAGAAAAAAUAUUUUCCUUUAUACUGUGUUUUUUUUUUCUUUUGGAAAAAAAAAUCAAUUGUACAUUUUAUCUCACUAAUAGUUGUAUUUUUCACAGAGGAAAUAUUGUGGUUAAAAUUGUUACAUGUAUCUUUGUAAUACACUUUCCAUUGUUUUCAGUAAAUCCUAUUCAUUUAUAUGUUGAUUUUAUAUUGUAAACUAUGUAUCUCGAGGUAACCCUUUUGUUUAAACAGGUUUGCUUCAGUGUUAACCAGAAUAAUGCAUAAUGCAUACUAGACUAGUUUUGCUUUAAAUGUAGUUGUGUUAGACACUGCAAUUAUUUUCUGGUAUGUGAAAAUAAAUUUCUUACUAAACUA